CUUCUUCUUCCUCCAUCAAAUUUUGCUCUUGGAGAGGAAGAAGGGAAGAUCUGUCCAAAAUUUUCACAUUUUUCGAGUUGAACUGUGAUUGUUUCUUAAGAAUAAAGUGAAUCAUAUACACGUAACCAGUCAAAAUGAAUGAUUUGUUCUCCCAAUCGUUUAAGCAAUAUCAAGAUAAAGAUGUCGACUUGGAGGCUGGUGGUGCCCCCGAUGGGGACUCAGCCGAACUUGACAAUUUCUUUGAAGAUGUCGAGAAUGUCAAGAAAGACAUGGCCGGAAUAGAGAAACUCUACAAAAGCCUACAAGAAGCCAAUGAGGAAAGCAAAACUGUCCAUAAUGCAAAUGCCAUGAAAAACCUUCGAUCAAAAAUGGAUUCAGAUGUCUCACAAGUGUUGAAACGUGUGAAAGUCAUCAAAGGAAAGAUCGAAGCUCUUGACAAGGCUAACAUCGCAAAUCGAAAGCUUCCUGGUUGUGGGCCCGGCUCCUCAGCUGAUAGAACUCGUACAGCUGUUGUCAGUGGUUUAGGGAAGAAGCUCAAGUCCAUGAUGGACGACUUUCAAUCGUUGAGAACCCGUAUGAAUGAAGAGUAUAAGGAGACUGUGGGUAGACGUUAUUUCACAAUCACAGGAGAAAAAGCUAACGAUGAAUUGAUUGAAAACCUAAUCUCUAGUGGUGAAGGUGAAGAUUUCAUGCAAAAAGCUAUUCAAGAUCAAGGUCGUGGACAGAUUAUGGACACGAUUUCCGAAAUCCAAGAAAGACAUGAUUCUGUUAAGGAAAUAGAGAAAAACUUGAUGGAACUCCAUCAAAUUUUCUUGGAUAUGGCUGCAUUAGUAGAUUCUCAAGGGCAACAACUGAACGACAUUGAAAGCCACGUGGCCCAUGCAAGUUCAUUUGUGCACCGAGGGACUGAACAAUUGGUUGAGGCAAGAGAGCUGCAAAAGAACUCGAGAAAAUGUGCCAUGAUCGCCUUCUUCCUUGUCCUUCUUCUUCUGAUAAUGAUAACCUACCCCAUUUGGUUCCCGAUGUUGAUAGGGUAAAGUGGAAAUGGGUAGAAGAAGUCAUUUGUGUUUCGAAGAUUUUGUUCUUCGCUGUUACGCCCUGAAAACAAUUUAUGUUUGUGCUUUACACUUUCUAAAGAGAUGUAUGAUAGUAGACAUCAAUUUUUUAUUCAAUCUGGAUAUGAACACCAGAUGUAUUGUAACUCGCACAAAAUGAAGAAUUACUCAAAAAUAUGAUCAACCUAAUGGAAAUGGAUUUUUUCAUGAUA